GGGGCUAUAAAAGGGCCAGAGCCAAAGGUGAUCGUCACAUGAAGCUGACGUCAAACAGUCACCAUGAAGUCGUCAUCUACCGCUCUUAUUGCAAUAUGUCUCUGCCUCGGCGUGUCAUGCGCUCUGGCAGCCGGUUAUGGUUCCGGUUACAACAGCUAUGAUACCUAUGGAGGCGGAUACAACAUGGGUUACGGAAGCGGAUACGGAAGUGGAUACGGAAGCGGUUACGGUAGUGGAUACGGAAGCGGAUACGGACAAUCAAAGGGAUAUGGAAAGGGCUACGUCUCUACCGAGACCAUUAUUAGACAACCUUACAUCCAGCCUAUGGCCCUCCCACCACCACCACCACCCCAGGGCGGCAACGACGGACUUUUUGGACUCGGAGGAGGAUCUGGACUCCUUUUGCUCGGUCUGCCCCUCCUCCUUCUGUUGAGGAACUCCAACUCCGGUUAAACUUCUGACGCUGACACUCAUUACAUUAGAAGCAACUCUGUGAUACAUCGCGCAAUAUUGGCAGUUGACAGUUGGUCUGUGUGUUAUUUAUUUGUAUGCUUGUGCUGUUGAUUAAACUAUUGAAAUGUA